AUGGGUACGAAAUUGCAGCGAUGCCGGCUGAACAACCUCAAGGUGGUUGGGUCCGUCGAAUGGCCAAGGAUGCUGAACGGCAAGAGGCAUCGGAAUCGGAGUGCCACAGCGAGUCUGGGUUGCAGCAGAACUCAUGAUAUUGGGAACCCAGUGACGGAUGAUGUGUUUAGGGAGGGGCCCCAAGUGUCGCAGCGCCGGUACCCCAUAAUUAGCUACCCCUACGGGGAUUUUAUCCCGGCUUCCCUAUGGGAAUGCCGUACCCAGGUCCGUUUCCGCCUGGCAAAGCAGCACCUCCCGGAGCUGUUGGUGGCUUGCCCGGGAUCUUCCCAGAAGUUUACCUCAACACGCACCAACCAGCGCACAUGUUCCCCGGGUUCCCGCCUGGGACAGCAGCAGCAGCAUCAACGGCAGUACCGAAGGCACCACCCCCCGCCACAAAGUUGA